AUGGCGCGGGAUGCCUCCCUCCCGUCCUCGGUGCGCCAGAAUGCGCUUGCGAGUGCUAUUCUGCCCGCAUUUAAUUACUCCGAGGUCGCGUCGGAGGUCGCCUCGAUCCUACAGGCCAUAUCAACAGUCGUUCCAACGCCCUCGAGAUUUCCGGACUCUCGACUCGCAUUCCCAUCGCUCUCCAUCGCACCCCUGACUGCGCUACCUUCUGCGCCUUUCACGCCGCUUGUGCAGCACGCACCGUCUGCACACUCUUCUGUCCUCCACAAGCGUGAAACGGACACUUCCGACACCUCAACUUCCACGCCCACCUCCACCACGACCGUCGUCGUCAGCACGACCUCGACAGACACUCAACUCACAACCUCUACACACGUUGCAACGCUCCCGCGCGACAAGACGGUCACUGGCCCGGGCUCGACGGUGACCACUACGGUGACGCGUGGCUCACAGGGUCGAACCUAUACGGUGGAAACGAUCCAAACCGUCACGCAGACCAGGACGUAUGUCGUUGAGCUGCCGACGGUCGUUAUUGUUACGGCGUGA